AUGCGCGCCAUGCCCAUCAUUCGCAGCAGGACAGGCUGCUUCACCUGUCGCCGCCGCAAGAAGAAGUGCAACGAGGAAAAGCCGCUUUGCAGCGGCUGCCGACGCAAUCACCUCGAGUGUACCUGGCCUACGGAGAAUGCCAGCGCCAUGCAGACGCGCACCAAGAACCCCACGUCGCCCGCCGUCUCCAAGUCACCAACAAACCGGCCUCGUGCCACCUCUUUCGCUGGCAAGCCUGAUCAUGUCACCUCCGUCCAACACGACCCGACGGCGAGACAACGCGCCGAGUCGCACUCCUCCUCGGAGAGCAACCAUGAUCGCGGAGAUGUCGACAUGAUAGUUCCCCAAGACGUCGAUGCCCACGCCCCCCUCGUCGCAGACACUUCGCCCAUCAUGCCUGUCUCGCCAGUCGCCUCGCACGCCGACAUGUUUUCCGAUUCGCAGGCCCUCACCAUCUCAUCCAUGAGCCUCGCCGCAGACCCGUCCAUCCUCACCCUCUCGCCGCUGUCCCUGCUCCCCAACCACAGCCGCGAGUCGUCUGACCUGCUCAGCUACUACCUGCAUCGCACUGCCAACAGUAUGGGAAACGGCUCUACCGACAUCAACCCCUUCAUCGCAAAGCUCGUUCCCCUCGCCUUUGACAAUCCGCUGGUCCUCCAGCUGCUCCUGGCCCAGAGCGCCGCUCAUCGACAGUCGGCCGAGGCGGGCGUACUUGGCACCGAGGUGGCCCACCACUACUAUACCGACUCCCUGCGCAUGUUUCGCAACGUCGUCGGCGAGUACGUCUCGGGUAAGGAGGAGAAUACUCUCGCCUUGACAGUUGGCAGCUUGAUUUUGUGCCUGACAGAGGUCGCGAGGGGUGAUAUUCACGGCACCAUCUUUGACCACCUCCGCGCCUCCGAGUCUAUGCUCAAUCUGCUGCUGACGCGCCCAAAGUCCGAGAUUCCCGAAGAUCUUCCUGAUUUUCUCGUCGAGUUUGCCAUUCACAUGACCGUAACCAGCAUCAUGUCCACCGACCGCAGCCGCCCGCCUCCUGAACUUAGCCCGACCAUCGAGGGCAUGGGCCACACUCUAAUCUCCAAGGGCUACGUCGGCCAGCUGUCAGGCUGUUGGCUCGAGUUGCUGCUCCUCAUACCUCAUGUCUAUCACCUUGGCCAUCGCAUCAUGACCACUCGCGCCGACGGGAAGCUGUCACCGGAGCCAGAUGACAUCAUCACCUUUGGCAUGCUGCAGUCGCAAAUCAUGGCCUUCUUCCCUGACUUGUCCGUAAAUCCGUACUCCCGACUAGCUAGUCUCGUUUUCAAGCAAGGCGUGCUCCUCUACCUAUGGAGCAUUCUCGGCACUCCGCAUCAAGAGCGCGGGAAUGAGGCCCACAUGAGCCUGAUGGCGGGUGCCGUCUCCGACGCCCUGUCUCUUCUGAGCCAGUUCCCGGCUACCCUGCGCAUCAAUACCAGCCUUUGCUGGCCCUUGGCUGUUAUUGGAUGCUGCACAACCGAUGCCGACGUGCAGCAGGUUCUGCGGGAGCGGCUGCAGAUCAUGCAUAGGACCAUUGGCCUCGGUAACAUGAAGGAAACGCUGAUACUGCUGGAACAUAUAUGGACGAAGCCACCAGAAGAUGUGAGUCCCUGGAAGCUGUCGGAGGUGAUGCAGGAUCGCCAGGUGUGGAUCUCUUUUGCAUGA